UGUCCCUAAAUUCUAGUUGUCUACCCAUUCUAUUGCAAAAAGUGUCCAUUUAAAAGCUCGAAUGAAAUAAAUAUAAACAAAUAGUUAAUAACAUUAUAUAAAUAAUAAACAAAGUUGUUUGGAGUGUUCAAAUUGUAUAAAAAUAUGUGGAUUUCUUAAAAAAUAAAGCGCAAAUAACCAAUAAAAAAGUUGGUACUCACGGUGAAAUGAUAACCUCUUGAUAAAUAGAUGUAAAGGAAAAAUUUUGCAAAAGAAACAAUAAAAAUUUAGUUUCUUUAAAAGCCUUAACGAAGGACGAAGAUAUUAUUUGUGAGCAAAGAAACAUCAUAAUACUGGAUAAAAAUGGCUGGAUUCGUAAUAAAGGGAGAGAUCCCCGAUUCGGCGGAUGUUGGUCCCUGGACAAAGUCUCCGGUACAACAAGAGAACAAACAGCAAUUAAGAAAUUAUCGCCUUAGACAGGAUAACACCCAGCAACAACAACAAUCAUCGUCGUUUAGCGCUGCCAAGCCUAUGAAGGAUAUAAGUAGUAACGGCGGUCUAUUGAAAUUAGCUUUGGAAAAUGGUAAACGCCAAGAGACAAAAGGCAAUCAUUGUGGCGAAAUAUUUGUUACAAACAAUGCAAAAAAAUGGACGUUUGUGUGCACCUAUUGCCAAAAAUCUACCCGGGAUAUUGGAGAAUUUGUGUGUCACAUAAAAUUCAAGCAUAUGGGUGGCAUACACCACUCGGACGAGGAUGACGAUGAUGAUGCUGCCGAUGAAAAUAAUGCUACACGUAAAGCCCACAAUUCAAUGGCAGAGGAUUCUUAUAAUCAAGGACAAGAUUAUUUCGAUUGCACAAAUUAUUUGGAUGUUAAUGUUCACAUUGAAGACAGCGACGAACAGCAGUCCUCCUCCUCCAGAUCAAGGAAAACUCCAAAUUCGAAAACCAAUCGAAAUGGUGCAGAUGUGGUUAAUCUUUUGGAUGAGGAAGAGGAGGAGGAGGAGCAGGAAGAGGAGGAAAAUAAAUAUGAUAAUAAUAAAACAUCCGCACAGUAUGAAUAUGAAAGUGUUGAGGAUGACGAACAAGCCAUACUCAUUGAGGAUGCCGACCAACAAAAUGAGAAUCCUCAACACAUGGAUGAAGAUACCAACAAGGAAUUCCUGCUACAAGCCAUGGGCAAUGAUAACGAUUCCCUGAUAGACGAUAUUGCAUCCAUGGUUAAGGGCAAUAAAAAGCGUAAUCGUCCGCACGUUAAAGGCAGUUUUUCGUGUAAACUCUGUGAGAAGACCUUCCAGUAUUUCUCACUGUAUCGCAAUCACAUGAUUAAGCAUUCCAAUUUCACACCCUUCAAGUGUGAAUUUUGUGACAAGGGUUUCAAAUCGAAACAGGCCAUACGUUACCACAUGAAAACCCAUUCGACGGAAAAAGAAUUUCAAUGUCCGCUCUGUCCAUCGAAUUUUGCCACCUCGAGUGUCUUUAUAUCGCAUGUAAUGACCCAUGAAAGUGCAACAUGUUUUCCCUGUAUGGUGUGUGGUAAAAUCCUAUCGUCGGAACAUGAACGCGAGGAGCAUGUGGAGACUCAUUCCGAAGAACGGCCUUAUAGCUGUUCGUUUUGUAGCAAACGUUUUAGACAAAAACACCAUCUAUCGAAUCAUUUAAAAUUGCAUUGUCGCUAUCGUUGCGAUUUUUGUAAGGUAAGCUUCAAUUCGACCCAAACACAGCGGCGACCGUACGCUUGUCCCAGCUGUGAGGAUAUACCCGAGAUACGACAACAAGUUGAAAGGCGUCGCGCCCUAUUAUUCAGGCCCAGCACUGAUGUUCUUCCCAUGGAAUUUGAAAAUGUUGUCUUGGAUAAUGUGAACUCAUCCACUGCCACGGAAUGUGUAGAUUUGGAUGCGGUGCCUUCCGAUGAUAAUGAUGGCGAUGGUGAUGACCAGAGUGAGGACGAGGGCAGUACAAGCAAAAAAAUAUACCCCCAAUGUACAUAUUGCUUUAAGGCUUUUGCCCAUGUUGAGGCCUUAAAUUUCCACAUAAAAAAGGUGCACAAUCGUUGAGUUGUGGGAUGGUUUUUUAACACCAAGUAGAGGAUUGCAUUUUCAUUCCGUAUUAUUACUCUUUGGAUUAUGAGGCAAAACAUUAAAAGGAGUACUUUUUGUUGUAUGAUUUACGCUAAGAUUAAAAACAAAGUAGUAUAAAUAAUUAUAUGUGUAAUUUAAAAAUAAUUUAUAAUUAUUAAUGAACAUAUUCUGUUUAGAAUUUUUGCUGAACUUUGCAUCAAGAACUUCAAUAAUACAAUAUUGAUGUUUUCGAAAAGUUACACUAUCUUGAAAACUAUUAUAAGAUCCAAGGCAAUGAUGCUUGAUUUUUGAUUUAGGAAUAAUUUGUAAUUUAAUUUUAUAGGUAUAUCUGAACUGUAUUUUUGAUGCAAACUUUUAUUCCAUAAAAUCUUGGCAAUUAUUUUUUUAUUUAUAAAUUCAAAAUUUAAAACAACAAUUUCAGCUCUUAAUCUAAUAAGCCAAUAAGUAAGUUCGUAUUGUAAAAUUUAGAUUUUAUUUUGAAAUAUAAGAUAUAUUUUUUGGAAUAUGUUCAACCCAUAACUCAAAACAAAUUCCUAAUUUAAGUUUAGAAAUUAUAAAUUUUUUUAUUAUUAUAUUAUUUCCCCAAGGACUGAUAGUUGUAUUCUGUCGUCAUUUUUUUAAAUGUAUAUAAAUACAUGCCGAUAUCAACAUAAUUUUUAUUUCA